AUGGUUAGAACUAGAAGUGCAUCAUCUUAUCGUGAUGAGGCUUCAUCUUCUCGUGGAGGUCCACAUGACACCUCCCUGCUUACACAUUAUACCCAGUAUGUUGCAUUUGCCAUAUGGCAAGGCCAGGAUCGAGGGAAGAUCAAAGUGAUGUCCCAUGGCAAAAAAUUAAAACAUUUUAUAAUGUAUCAUGAGGCUAUUGAGCCUUAUAUCUCUAUGUCGGGGUUGGCUUCCAUAGUCAACCUAUCAUACGAGUAUGUCGAUCAUGGAUUGAUCGUUUCCCUUGCAAAGAGGUGGCACCUAGAGACGAAUACUUUCCACCUCCCGAUAGGUGAGAUGAGCGUCACAUUAGAUGACGUUCACAACCUGCUCCACCUACCUAUCAUGGGGCAAUUUUGUGAGAUAGGAGAUGCUAGCUUCACUGGUGUCAGACAGAUAGCUGGAUAUUCCACUCUUCUACAGAGUUGGAUAUAUGAGCACCUUUCUGGCAUGGAAAAGAGGCGAGUCUCAGAUAGGUACAUAGACCUUGAUCCACGGGCUACACGAUAUAUACCUCCGAGGCAGGGUUGGAGUCAUACGGAGGGGCGGACAUAUCUGGAUGGGCUCACUUAUGAUGUGAUCAUACCAUGUUCGCCUGAGAGUCUUCCGAUACCAGACAUUCCUACGAUUGAUCUAAAUUGGCUGAGGUAUGUAAAGCAUGCCAUUAGUGGUGUUGUUGAGGCUCAUGAGCCCUCUGUGUAUGUUGAUGGAUACCUAUUGUGGUUUAGACGAGUGUCCCACCCGUACAUCACUCCAACUGACGAUGAUGACCGACCUAGUCUUGCACCGCGCAUGAGGCGACACCUUCUGGAUGACAUCUUGUGCCCUCAGUUCGUCGUAGACGGUCUCCUGAAUCUGGAUUGGUGGUAUGAGGCGUGUGAUCAGGAUGCUGCACUAAAUCGGGAUGUGUGCAAAACAGGUCACUAA